AUGUCUCGACGAGUUUUCGAUUUAACCAAACUAGACGCAAAAUGGACGGCUAUUUGGAAGAGUCAGAACACGUUUUUGAACCCGCGUCGCAAGAUCGCUCCUACGAAGGGUAAGAUUUACUCUACGUCGAUGUUCCCGUAUCCAUCGGGGAUCCUUCACAUGGGUCAUCUUCGGGUUUACACGAUCGCUGAUGCGCUUGCCAGAUACUAUCGGAUGCAGGGACACCAUGUGAUUAAUCCGAUGGGCUGGGACGCCUUUGGAUUGCCUGCAGAGAACGCCGCUGUUGAGCGUAAUGUUAGUCCUGAAAAAUGGACAAGACUCAACAUAGCCAAGAUGAAAGCCCAGAUGGAACUCAUGUUUGCCGACUUCGACUGGGACCGCGAGAUCACCACCUGUGACCCAGACUACUACAAAUGGACACAGAAACUGUUCUUGUCUAUGUACAAGCACGGCUACGCGUAUCGGAAGAAAGCUGAGAUCAACUGGGACCCCGUGGACCAGACGGUGUUGGCGAACGAACAGGUCGACUCAGAGGGUCGGUCGUGGCGGUCGGGAGCGAUUGUCGAGAAGAAACAGCUUGAGCAGUGGUUUCUGGGGAUCACUAAGUUCGCCAACGAGUUGAACCAGGACUUGGAGAUUUUAGACCAGUGGCCCGAUAAAGUCAAAGCCAUGCAGAAAAACUGGAUUGGGCAGAGCGUGGGAGCGGAAAUCAAGUUUAAGGUUGGAGAUUCAGAGGUGUUUGUCUAUACCACUCGGCCAGAAACGUUAUACAGUGUUCAAUAUCUGGCUCUGGCAGCAGAUCAUCCUUUCGCAUCCAUAAUAGCACAGGCAGAUGCUGAACUGGCCAAGAAGUACGAGACCGGGACCAAGAUUCCUCUAGAGGCUGUCCAUCCGCUGACUCAGGAAAAGAUUCCUGUUUUCGUUGCGCCGUACGUGAUUUCCAGCUACGGCCACGGGGCAGUGAUGGGGUGUCCUGCCCACGACCAGCGUGACUUUGAGUUUUGGAAGAAUAUGGGCGAAACAGAGAUUGUGGCCACAGUGGAGCCAGCUUCUGGUGCCAAAGAGAACGAGCCGUUCUUUGAGGACGGUGUGAUGAACGCUAAGUCCGGCUUGCUGGCCGGUCUGACGUGCCAAGAGGCUCGUGCAAAAAUUAUUGAGCACCUCGAGUCUGAGCAGAUUGGCAAAAAGCAGAUCAACUACAGAUUGCGCGACUGGCUUGUGAGCAGACAGCGGUACUGGGGUGCUCCUAUCCCGAUGGUGCACUGUGACAGGUGUGGAACCGUGCCUGUUCCCGACGACCAGCUGCCUGUGCUUCUUCCUGCCGUGGAUAAGCUGUUGGGCAAAGGCGGGUCUCCUUUGGCCAAGAUCGCGGAGUUUGUGAACGUUGACUGUCCGUCCUGUGGAGGUGCUGCCAAGAGAGAUACAGAUACAAUGGACACUUUUGUGGACUCGUCGUGGUACUUGUUCCGGUAUCUUGAUUCGCAGAACAAGCAGGACAUUAUUGAUCCCAAGAAAGUGAGUCCGCUGAUGUGCGUGGACCAGUAUUUGGGAGGAGUCGAGCAUGCCAUUCUUCACUUACUGUACGUCCGGUUCGUGUCCAAGUUCCUGAGCAAGAUCGGUUACUGGGACGGUAGCCAGACAAGGGGUGAGCCAAUCAAGAAGCUGGUGAGCCAAGGAAUGGUUCACGGCAAAACAUUCAGCGAUCCUCAAACUGGCAAGUUUCUGAAGCCAGACGAGUACGAAGUCGGACCAGAGAACAAUGUUCUGGUGAAGGAGACGGGCGAAAAGGCAUUGGUGUCUUUUGAAAAGAUGUCCAAGUCCAAAUACAACGGCGCAGACCCGGGAGAGUGUAUUGAGCGUCACGGCGCGGACGCGACCCGUGCACACAUUCUUUUCCAAGCUCCGAUCGAGGAUGUGCUCAACUGGGAGGAGAGCAAAAUCGUUGGUGUUGAGAGAUGGCUGAACAAGGUGCUGAGUGUGGCAGAUGUUCUCAAUGGACGCAUUGGUUCUGAGAUCAAGACCAAGCCCACGGAAGAGUACUCCGAUGCAGAGAUCUCGAUCCACAACGAGACACAGCAGCUGCUAGCAUCGAUCACCGACUCAUUUGCCAGAUCGUUGUCCAUGAACACGGUCAUUUCCGAUUACAUGAAGUACACCAACAAAUUGUACGGAGAGCUAAAUAACCCGGACGUUUCUACAGAGGUUCUCUACCUGUACUAUCUGGAUCUCCUGAAAGCGAUGAGCCCUGUGGCUCCGGGGGUUUGCGAGGAGGCGAACGAGGUUCUGCAUCCGUGGAAAGCGGAAUCUGUUUUGGCUGCUGACUGGCCCCAGCCUCAGCCGUUGAUUGCAGCUACCAUUCCAUACACCGUCAUGGUUAACGGCAAGAUGCGGUUCAUCUACCCAGGCCCAGAGGGUCUGACAAACAACAAGGAAGAGUGUAUUGCAAAAGUGAUAGCCACACCAGACGGACAGAAAUGGAUCGGGGACAGAAAAAUUAAAAAAGUCAUCCUCAAGCCGUCAACCAUCGUUUUUAUCGUGGAAGGCUGA